AUGGCUCGCGUUCACUGUAAAGAACUGGUAAGAAAAUUUAAUCCAGCUUUUGUUAUUCUUGUUGAAACACAUGUUGCUUUUGGCUCUAUGAAAUUUUUUUGGGAACAAUUGGGUUUCACUCCUGUGGGAAUUGUGGAAGCUAGUGGACACAGAGGGGGUAUAUGGUUUUUAUCCUCUGACGACACAACUAAGUGUAGAGUAAUUGCUACUAUGGAACAAUGUUUAUCUGUUGCUAUAGAAAUGGGUGGAAAGAAUUGGGUGUGCAGCGCAGUUUACGGUAGCCCCCAGCCGGCGAUUCGUGAAGAUUUGUGGGAACAUCUGUUGGCACUCGGAACUUCUAUACAAGACCCGUGGUUGGUAACAGGGGACUUUAAUGAAAUUUUGCUUUCUCAGGAAGUGAAAGGGGGCCACUUUAAUGUUAAUCGAAGUAAUUAUUUCUCUCACAUUUUGGAUUCGUGUAAUUUGUUUGAUCUGACAACAGUGGGUAGGAGUUUUACUUGGUUCAGGAAGGUUCAGGGGAACAAGGAGGUAGCCAAGAAGUUGGACAGAGCUUGUAGCAAUAGUAGUUGGAGAGUUAUGUUUCCUGAAAGAGUCAGGAAAGGCAGCAGACCGUUCAGGUUCCAAGCUGCAUGGGCUACUCAUCCAUCCUAUAAAAGUGUCGUCCAUAAAGCCUGGAUUGGCAACAACACACACAUUCAUGGCAAGCUUAGAAAGGUGCAAGAGGCUUCUCUGAAGUUCAAUUCUCGUGUCUUUGGGAACAUUUUUAUUAAGAAAAGGUCUCUAGAAAGCAAGCUUAAUGAUCUCCAAAAAAGAUUAGAACUUUGUGAUGAUGCAGUUGUCAAAGAAGAGGAACAAAGGUGCAGGGAUGAUUUUAAUUCGGUCCUUCUUCAGGAAGAGAUGCUCUGGUUCCAGAAAUCUAGGGAGCAAUGGGUCAGGUAUGGUGAUAAAAAUACAAAAUUUUUCCACCUGCAGACCAUCAUUAGAAGGAAAGCAAACAAAAUUCAUGGCCUUUUUGUGAGCGAUGGAUCUUGGUCUUCAGAUCCGAAUCUUCUUCAGCAAGAGGCACUAAGUUUUUAUAAAGAUCUUUUUUGCUCAACCGACCCGGUGGAGGUAAACUGUAUGGGUGAUUUUCCAAGACCUUCUCUUAGUAGUGAAGCUUGUGAGAGCCUAAUUAAGCCAGUGUCGAUGUUGGAGGUUAAAUCUGCAGUGGACAGCAUGAGCCCUUUCAAAGCUCCAGGGCCGGACGGAUUCCAAGCAUUCUUUUUUAAAGAAUAUUGGGAUGUAGUGGGCCAAGAUGUGUGGAGUCUGGUGUGUAGGGUGUUCCAAGGCGACACGAUUAAUCCUUCUAUGCUUGAAACCCUUAUUGUGCUCAUUCCUAAGGUUGACUCCCCAAGCAGAAUGAAGGACUUUCGACCAAUCAGUCUCUGCAACGUCGUGUACAAGAUAGUAACUAAGGUGCUGGUAACCCGUUUAAGACCCUACUUGGCUGAUAUUAUAUGCCCAAAUCAAGGAGGCUUCAUUCCUGGUAGAGGAGCUCCUGACAACAUCAUAGUAGCGCAAGAAGUCCUUCAUUUCUUGAAGAGAACGAAAUCAAAAAAGGGUGCUAUUGCUUUUAAGAUAGAUCGAGAGAAGGCAUAUGACCGGGUCGAUUGGAGGUUUUUAAACUACACUUUGAGUAGCUUUGGCUUUCCUGCCUCUACUAGAAGUCUUAUUAUGAAUUGUAUUCAGGCGUCAUCUCUUUCGAUAUUAUGGAAUGGGAAUAGGUUGGAGAGUUUUCAGCCUAAUAGAGGGUUGCGACAAGGAGACCCCAUGUCACCGUAUUUGUUUGUUCUUUGUAUGGAAAUGCUAGCUUGCUAUAUAUCUAAUCAAGUGGAGUUGGGGGCUUGGGACCCGGUUGCUGUCUCUCGGGGAGGUCCACGAAUCUCCCAUCUCAUAUUUGCAGAUGACCUUCUUCUUUUUGGUAAAGCAAGCAAGACACAAGUCCACCAGGUAAUGCAUUCUCUGAACUUAUUCUGUAAGGCAUCGGGCAUGAAGGUGAAUAUAGAUAAGUCCAAAGCUGUUUGUUCGAAGAGCGUGUCCAAUACUCGUAGAAAUGUCCUGGCUGGUGUAUCUUCUAUCAAAUUUGCUAAUGAGUUAGGCAAGUACUUGGGGGUCAACAUCAACCAUCCGCGGGCAUCUCGAGCGGCUUGCCUGGAGGCGGUGGAGAAAAUUAAAAGCAGACUGUCUAGCUGGAAGGGUCGGCUGCUUAAUAGGGCCGGCAGAUUAUGUCUUAUAAAAUCUGUGGCAACGUCUCUACCUAUAUAUCAAAUGCAGGUCUCCCUCUUCCCCAAAAAAGUGUGUUCUAAGAUUGAUUCUGUUCUUCGUAAUUUCUUGUGGAAAGGAAAGACAGAUGAGCGGGGCUUAAACUUGUUGAAUUGGGGUACUGUGAUCACGCCCAAGAGGUAUGGGGGCCUUGGUGUUCGCGACACUCAAUGUGUUAAUACUGCCCUCCUUGGUAAACUAGUUUGGCAACUCUUCCAUGGUCAGAACAAAUUAUGGGUGCGCAUUAUGCUAGCUAAAUAUGUUCAAGGAAGCUUGGGGCUAGAUCUUCAAUGCCCUACGCAAUCCUCGAGCAUAUGGCGCAACAUCACAAAGACAGCUAGUAGGCUUAAACAUGGCUAUGUUUGGUGCAUUGGUUCUUUAACUCAAUCUUUCUGGUAUCAUCCUUGGAGACCGUCGGGGUCUUUAGCCCCAGAGAUCCCUUUUGUGCAUAUUUCAGAUACUGGUCUUUCCCUAGGUGACGUGUGGUCUGGGAGAGUUUGGAAUUUGGACCAUCUUUAUACUGUGUUGCCUGAGACCCUAAAACUAGAUAUUACAGCUUACAACCCUAUAGUGCAGGCAGGUUGUGAUCCGAACUGGUGUUGGGGAUCUAAUGCCUCAAAGACUUACUCAACAAGGGAUGGUUAUGAAUGGCUCCUUGAAAGAAAGGUUGCAUGGGAUACAAAUGAGAAUUGGUUAUGGCUUUGGCGUUUAGGAAUACCUGAGAAGGUCAAGGGGUUGAUUUGGCUCAUCUUGCAUGGGGCCAUCCCCACUGCCAGCCUUCGUUACCGAAGACGCUUAACAGCAACGGAUCUUUGCCCCAGAUGCAAUGAAGUACCAGAAUCUGUUGAACAUUGCCUCAGACUUUGUAAUAAAGUGAGCCCGAUUUGGGAGAGCUUGAAGGUGGGAAUGCAAACUUGGGAUGUCGCCUUGGAUUUUCAAAGUUGGCUUCGUAUAAAACUUCGGACCAAUGAAGAAAUUUUUGCAGCAGGUCUUUGGUGGAUUUGGAGGGAUAGAAACAAUGAUAUCUUUAAUCAGAAUGACAUUUGGAGCAAGGAAAAAGUUCUCCAGCUUAUCAGGCACUCUGCAGCCGAGUAUGCUUCAAUCAAGCGUUCUAAUCAGGUGACACACAAUCCCUCUUUAUGUGAUUCUUGGUGUCCUCCCCCAAUCAAUGUUGUUAAAUUAAAUUGCGAUGCUAGUCUUUUGGACCAAGAUCAACUGGCUGGUUUUGGGUGUGCUAUUCGGGACAGUACGGGUAAAUGGUUAUUGGGUUGUUCAGCAAGCAUUCCAAUAGGAACUAUUACUUGGUGUGAGAUAUUCGCAAUUUGGAGGGGUCUUUGUUUAGCUUGGGAAAGUGGUCACGGGGAGGUAAUUUGCGAAACAGAUUGUCUAGAAGCUUAUCUCUUGAUUAAAAAGGAUCCAUACCAGAUGCGGAGAGAAUACACAGACCUUCUUUUGAAGAUUUCUGAGAUCCUUCAGCGUAAUUGGGUGGUUCAAGUUCAAUUGAUUCAACGAACAGCGAAUUCGGUAGCUGACCGUUUAGCUAAGACAGCGGCUAGGCAUUCUCGUCCUUACACUGAAUUUUUAAUUCCUUGUAGUGUUAUUGAUCAGAUCAUUAGGAAGGAGAUGAUAUCUCCAUCCUAA